UUCAAUCGAUUUCCUGUGCGUGUUAGGAACGCGUCUUAACGAGUUAAUGUUUGGUGCAUUCGUUACUUCUUUCUUUUCAUUCUCUUAAUUGAGGAAACAUUAAGAAAGAAAAGAAGAUGUCUAAGGCUGAUGAGAAUGCGGAUACUGGUGAUACAGGAGAUAAUUCCAAUGGUUCUUCGGCAGAAACCACAUCUUCCCGGGGUGGCGACUUUGAAACAAAACUCGAGUCAGAUCGAAGUAAGAGGUUUGAUUACUUGCUCAAGCAAACAGAAAUUUUUUCACAUUUUAUGACCAAUAAUCAAAAAGACAAAGCUGGAAGCCCAUUAAAAGUUAAACCUGGCAGACCAAGAAAACAACCAGAAAAUUUAAACAAAUCUGAUUCCGGUGAUCAUAGACAUCGAAAAACAGAACAAGAGGAGGACGAAGAAUUGUUAGCUGAAAGCAAUGCCAGUGUUGCACCAACUACACGUUUUGAAUCCUCACCUCAUUAUGUUAAAUCUGGUGAGUUAAGAGAUUACCAGAUACGUGGUUUAAAUUGGAUGAUAUCGCUUUAUGAAAAUGGUAUCAAUGGUAUUUUGGCGGAUGAGAUGGGUCUUGGUAAGACACUUCAAACCAUAUCAUUAUUGGGAUAUAUGAAACACUUCAGAAACAUUCCUGGUCCUCAUAUUGUUAUUGUUCCAAAGUCUACACUUGCCAAUUGGAUGAAUGAAUUUAAAAAGUGGUGUCCUUCUUUAAGAGCUGUAUGUCUAAUAGGAGAUGCAGAAAGUAGAAAUACUUUUAUUAGAGAUGUCAUGAUGCCUGGUGAAUGGGACGUAUGUGUUACCUCAUAUGAAAUGGUAAUCAAAGAAAAAUCAGUAUUUAAAAAAUUUAAUUGGCGUUACAUGGUAAUUGACGAAGCUCAUAGAAUUAAAAAUGAAAAAUCUAAAUUAUCUGAAAUAUUGAGGGAGUUUAAAACAGCUAAUAGACUUCUUCUUACUGGUACACCAUUACAGAACAAUUUACACGAGUUAUGGUCGUUACUUAACUUUUUAUUACCAGAUGUAUUUAACAGUUCAGAUGAUUUCGAUUCUUGGUUUAAUACUAACAGUUUCUUAGGUGAUAAUUCUUUAGUUGAAAGAUUACAUGCUGUUUUAAGACCAUUCCUUUUAAGACGAUUGAAGUCUGAAGUAGAAAAAGGUUUGAAACCUAAAAAGGAAAUUAAAGUUUAUAUUGGUCUGAGUAAAAUGCAAAGAGAGUGGUACACCAAAGUAUUAAUGAAAGACAUUGAUAUAGUGAAUGGUGCGGGAAAAAUAGAAAAGAUGAGAUUACAAAACAUUUUAAUGCAGUUACGUAAGUGUUGCAAUCAUCCAUAUCUGUUUGACGGUGCUGAACCUGGACCACCUUAUACUACAGAUGAACAUCUUGUUUACAAUUGCGGUAAAAUGGUGAUAUUGGAUAAGCUAUUGCCUAAAUUGCAAGAACAAGAUUCAAGAGUAUUAAUAUUUAGUCAAAUGACCAGAAUGUUAGAUAUUUUAGAAGAUUAUUGUCACUGGAGAGGUUUUCAAUAUUGUCGUUUGGAUGGUAAUACUGCACACGAGGAUCGUCAGAGACAAAUCAAUGAAUACAAUGCACCUAAUAGCGAAAAGUUUAUAUUCAUGUUAUCAACUAGAGCUGGUGGAUUGGGUAUAAAUUUAGCGACUGCUGAUGUAGUCAUUAUUUAUGAUUCCGAUUGGAAUCCACAAAUGGAUUUACAAGCUAUGGAUAGAGCUCAUCGUAUUGGACAACAAAAACAGGUACGUGUUUUUAGAUUUAUUACAGAGAACACAGUGGAAGAAAAGAUUGUCGAACGUGCAGAAGUCAAAUUACGUUUAGACAAAUUAGUCAUACAACAAGGUAGAUUGGUAGAUGCAAAACAGACUGCAUUGAACAAGGAUGAAAUGUUGAAUAUGAUCAGACAUGGAGCUAACGAAGUGUUUGCUUCGAAGGACAGUGCCAUUACCGAUGAAGACAUUGAUACAAUAUUACAAAAAGGUGAAGCCAAAACUGAAGAAAUGAAACAGAAAUUGGAAAGUUUAGGAGAAUCUUCUUUACGUAAUUUCACUGUCGAUGCACCAACCGAUUCAGUUUAUCAAUUCGAAGGUGAAGAUUAUCGUGAGAAACAAAAAAUAUUAGGAAUUGGUAACUGGAUAGAACCACCUAAACGUGAACGUAAAGCUAAUUACGCUGUCGAUGCUUAUUUCCGUGAAGCUUUAAGAGUAUCAGAACCAAAAGCACCAAAAGCUCCUAGACCUCCUAAACAACCAAUUGUACAAGAUUUUCAAUUUUUUCCUCCUCGAUUGUUUGAGCUACUUGAUCAAGAGAUAUAUUAUUUUCGACAAACUGUUGGUUACAAGGUUCCAAAGAAUCCUGAAUUAGGAUCAGAUGCAGCCAGGAUACAAAAGGAAGAACAACGCAAGAUAGACGAGGCUCAACCAUUAUCAGAUGAAGAAGUUGCUGAAAAAGAAAAAUUAUUAACUCAGGGUUUCACUAAUUGGACCAAAAGAGACUUCAAUCAAUUUAUUAAAGCUAAUGAAAAAUAUGGUAGAGACGAUAUAGAAAAUAUCGCUAAAGAGGUAGAAGGUAAAACUCCAGAAGAAGUUAUGGAAUAUUCAGCAGUUUUUUGGGAACGCUGUCAUGAGUUACAGGACAUUGACAGAGUAAUGGCACAGAUAGAAAGAGGCGAGGCCAAAAUACAAAGGCGUGCUGGUAUUAAAAAAGCAUUGGAUGCAAAGAUGGCCAGAUAUCGUGCACCAUUUCAUCAAUUAAGGAUAUCCUAUGGUACUAACAAAGGUAAAAAUUAUACUGAAGAAGAGGAUAGAUUUCUUGUUUGUAUGUUACACAAAUUGGGCUUUGAUAAGGAAAACGUUUAUGAGGAAUUAAGAGCGACCGUUAGAUCGGCACCACAAUUCCGUUUUGAUUGGUUUGUUAAAUCUCGUACUGCUUUGGAAUUGCAAAGACGAUGUAAUACUUUGAUAACAUUGAUAGAACGUGAAAACUUGGAAUUGGAAGAGAGAGAAAGGCAAGAGAGAAGAAAGAAGAGUGGCAAUGUUGGUGCCAAACCUGCUUCCAAACGAAAACAAGAAAAUUUGCCAGCGCCACAAGAUAAACCUAGAAAGAAGAAGAAAUAAAAAUAAUAUGAAUCUUUUACGAUUAAGUUUUACUCUAUACUUAUGCAUACAAAAAAAAAAAAAAAA